GCAACAAGAUUAUGCCGAAUUAGAGGACCUUAUCCCCACUUUGGACGAAGCUAGGCUUGAAUUCCCUUACUUUGUUUACUUGGCUGUCUAUGCCAUUGUUGUUUGUUCUAGUACUUUCUGCAUGGGCAGUUAUCAGGUCAGCAACGACACAUUAUCCAAAACUAGCAAAUGGAUUUCCGAUGUUCUUGCCACAUUACAGGGGUACCUGAAAGAGAUAGAGGAGAAGAAAGGUGAGAUAGAUGAAUAUUCAGAACGUCUACGUGGGGCAUUCCAAACUCCUACAGGAAUUUCACAAGUUUUGAAAUGUCUGUUAUUCCCCAAAAGUCCAGAGCAUCACUACGUGUAUUACCGCUCGACGAAAUCAAGGGUGAAGAUCGAUGAAAUGUUGAAGAACAAGUGUGUGUUAUUGUUCAUUUCCGGACUGUUCGGCAUCGAAGAUGAGAUUAAGCUUUUGAAAGAAAUCAGCGAAGAUUUGGCGUCAAAUCCAAAAUGCGAAAAAGAUGGGAUGCGAAAGAGUGACUUCAAGAUCUUGUGGGUCCCAAUUGUUUCUUCUUCUUUAGACAGUGAGAAGAUCAAGACACAAUUCAACUUUAUUGCACAACAAUUUGUUACAUGGUCGUGUGUGGUGGAUUAUUCCAUUGUUGGACCCGCAUGUAAGAAACUGAUCAGACAGAAGCUGAGGUACAUGAAUAAGCCUAUGAUUGCUGUGUUCAACCAACAAGGAAGCAGGACAAAUAACGAUGCGUUGGCCAUGUUAUUUGCUUGGGGACACCAUGCAUUCCCAUGGAGUACAGGUGAUGAUUUGAUUUUUGUUCGGAAUUGGAAUUGGUUCUGGUCAAUACUCAAGGAUAUCAAUCAACAACUCUCAAGUUUGAAUGAGAAAGAUUACAACAUUAUCUUCGGAUGCAUGGACGAAGCGGACACCAACAACUACGAUGGUAGCUGGUUGGGUAAAAUCACCGUUGAGUUGGAAAAAAUCAAAAGGGACAAGAUCAUAAGCUCAAGUGGUUUUGCUAUAAAAUACUAUCAUCACGGCAAGCAGGCUGAGAAUGACUUCAAGUUUGCAUAUAAGUUCUGGGCUUUUGUAGAGAAUGUGUUCACCAGCUUGAAAAGUAUGAAGACAACAACCAUCAAGGACGACCCUUCCUUGGACAAUCUCAAGAAAUUCCUUGCCCUCCGGCGAGAAAAGUCCGGCUGGGUUAUCAUAAGCCAAGGGUCUGAGGUUAAAAUGGUUGGCUCCGGUGUGAGCGUGUACAAAACUCUCUAUAAGUUUGAGUCAUGGAAACACAAUAUCACUCAACAUGGCUUUGAUGGGGCUUUUGUGAACGAAUAUUUCAAUGAGUUUCCACCUCAAUCAAAUUGUCUCCGUUUGGAUCUAAAGACCAAUGUAAGUGAUGUUUCUGUUCCCUUAGAAUGUGUGACAUGUCAAUCUGAGAUGGAGAUACAGUUAGUCAGAUAUGUGUGCUGUCAUGGCAACCAUAGCCGUGCCAAAUAUGUUCAUCGCCUUGCAUGAGUCCUUUAAGGAAACGCCGUUGUUUCGGCUGCUAGACCUGCUCAGAUUUGAAGGAGGAGGUGUUGUCUUGAAUUAUUAGCUUGUUUAUUAGUACUAUGUCUUUAGUAAAGCCUUUCUAUAGGGUUUACGAUAAUAAUAAAGC